CCAAUUCACUUGUUACCCAAUCCACAAUACGAACAAGCAGUACACAGAAACCCUAAAAACUAGAAGGAAGAAAAUUACAAAAUGUUCUACUUCAUUCUUCUCCCUCUCCUACUCAUUCUUUUGGCUUGCAAAUUCCUUUACUCCAGGACUCACCCUUACAACCUCCCUCCUUCACCACCGUCUUUUCCCAUCGCCGGCCAUCUCCACCUCCUUAAACCGCCGAUUCACAAACUCUUCCACAAAUUCUCCCAAAAAUACGGCCCAAUCUUCUCCCUCCGUUUCGGCUCUCGCCGCAUCGUAGUCAUAAAUUCUUCUUCCCUCGUCCAAGAAUCUUUCACGGGCCAAAACGAUGUUGUUUUAACGAACCGACCUCUCAGUAUAGCCGCCAAAUUAAUCAAUUAUAACGGUACCACCGUCGGGACCUCACCAUACGGCGAUCACUGGCGUAACCUCCGCCGCAUUUGCACCACCCAAGUCCUCUCCAACCACCGCCUCAACAACUUUCUCCACGUCCGCACAGAAGAAAUCCAUCAGAUGCUCACGCGCCUCUCACGUGACACUCACGCCAACAACGGUGGUUUCACUCCUGUCAACCUCCAGCCGGUGUUUUCGGAUCUAACGUUCAACAACAUUGUGAGGAUGGUCACAGGGAAAAUAUACUACGGAGAUGAUAUCAAAGAGACAGAAGAAGCGUUACUGUUUAAGAAACUCGUCUCUGAUAUCGCUGCGUCAACCGGCGCGAAUCACCCCGGAGAUUACUUGCCGGUGCUGAAACUGUUCGGAAACAAGUACGAGAAGAAGUGUAGGGACACUGGCAAAGCCAUGGAUGCGUUUUUGCAGCGAUUGCUCGAUGAGAGUAAGAGAGAUAGUAGUGAAGGUGACUCUAUGGUUAGUCAUUUGCUCUCUAUGCAGCAACAACAACCCGAGUAUUACAGUGACGUCACUAUCAAAGGGCUAAUGAUGGGCUUAAUGGCUGCCGGGACGGAGUCAACCGCCGUAAUGCUGGAGUGGGCGAUGGCGAAUUUGGUGAAAUAUCCAAAAGUGUUGGAGAAGGCGAGACUUGAGAUCGACGAUAAAAUCGGAAGAGACCGUCUGAUCGAUGAAUCAGACAUCGUCGUCCUCCCUUUCCUCCAGAACGUCGUCUCCGAGACAUUCCGACUGUUCCCGGUGGCGCCUCUUCUAAUCCCCCGCGCGACGGCGGAGGACAUCAAAAUCGGCGGUUACGAUGUGCCGCGAGACACGAUUGUGGUGGUGAACGCCUGGGCGAUACACAGGGAUCCUGAGAUAUGGGACGAUCCGGAGAGCUUCGAACCAGAUCGGUUUAGCAAAAUUGGAUACGGGAGAGAACAUUACGCUCACAAGCUGGUUCCGUUCGGGGCGGGCCGGAGAAUUUGUCCCGGCGUCGGAUUAGGGGAGAGGAUUGUGACAUUGGUGUUGGGAACGUUGGUUCAGUGUUUCGACUGGAAGAAGGUUGAAGGAGAGGAGAUUGAUAUGUCAGGGGGUAAUGGGCUUACUAUGCGAAAGGUACAGCCUUUACGGGCUUUGUGCAGGCCUAGGCCCAUUAUGUCUAAACUUCUCUAGCUUGAUUAGAAGAACUUUCGGUGGGAAAAGUGAACUAAUAAAGGGCUCUCCACAAUCUCAAAGUUGUGUGUUAGCUACUUUUUUAAGAUAUAGUUUUUUUUUACUUGUUUUAGUUCUUCUUUUGUAACGUUACGAUGUGUUUCAGAUCAACUUUUACAACGUUUUUCAAGAACUAAUAAAGUCCCAAUAAAUCAAUAAUAAUAUGUUUGUUUUUAUUCUUCACACGUUUGUUGUAUUAUAAUCUAUACACACUCUAAUGCU